UGUGGCUAAAAACCACCUCACUUUGUUGAUCAGAUAAUUGGCUUCAAAAUAAUACUCACCUCCAAAACCUCAUCCACUUCAAAAAUUAUUCUUCCUUAUUCACGUUCCAACAAAUUUUUUGAGGCCCCCAUCUUAUUUUGUCUCUAUUCUUAUCACACUUUUAUCAAACCGUUGCUAUUUUUCAUUUCUAUAAUUUCUCACCUCUCUCCUACUUCCUCUACAUGCACUCUCUUGCUUAGUUUCGGAAACUAAGGUUUCGUUAAGGACAGUAUCAAGAAACACCUUUGAAAAUGGAGAUAACCAAUGUUAGUGAGUACGAGAAUGUUGCGAAGCAGAAGUUGCCGAAGAUGGUGUUUGAUUACUAUGCUUCUGGUGCUGAAGACCAGUGGACUCUCCAAGAAAACAGAAACGCUUUCUCCAGAAUUUUGUUUAGGCCGCGGAUUCUUAUCGAUGUGAGCAAGAUCGACAUGACAACUACUGUCCUCGGAUUCAAAAUAUCCAUGCCAAUCAUGAUUGCUCCAACUGCCAUGCAGAAAAUGGCUCAUCCUGAGGGAGAGUAUGCCACAGCAAGAGCUGCAUCAGCUGCUGGAACAAUCAUGACUUUGUCAUCAUGGGCAACUUCAAGUGUUGAAGAAGUGGCUUCAACAGGACCUGGCAUUCGCUUUUUCCAGCUAUAUGUUUAUAAGGACAGGAAUGUGGUUGCUCAGCUUGUGAGAAGAGCUGAAAAAGCUGGAUUCAAAGCUAUUGCCCUUACGGUUGAUACUCCAAGACUCGGACGCAGGGAAGCUGAUAUCAAGAACAGAUUCGUUCUGCCACCGUUUUUGACAUUGAAGAACUUUGAAGGUUUGGACCUUGGAAAGAUGGACCAAGCUAAUGACUCUGGACUUGCUUCCUAUGUUGCUGGUCAAAUUGAUCGUACUCUAAGCUGGAAGGAUGUGAAGUGGCUUCAGACAAUCACCAGCCUUCCAAUUCUUGUGAAGGGUGUACUCACUGCGGAGGAUACAAGGCUAGCAGUACAAAGUGGUGCAGCUGGAAUAAUUGUGUCCAAUCAUGGAGCAAGACAGCUUGAUUAUGUUCCAGCAACCAUAAGCGCCUUAGAAGAGGUUGUGAAAGCUGCUCAAGGCCGCGUUCCUGUAUUUUUGGAUGGCGGUGUUCGCCGUGGAACUGAUGUCUUCAAGGCAUUGGCACUUGGUGCCUCUGGCAUAUUCAUUGGACGUCCUGUGGUGUAUUCGUUGGCUGCUGAAGGAGAAGUUGGAGUAAGAAAAGUUCUUCAGAUGUUACGCGAAGAGUUUGAGAUGACAAUGACUUUGAGCGGAUGCCGUUCAUUGAAAGAAAUCACUCGCGAACACAUUACUGCAGAUUGGGACACCCCUCGCACUCAUCCACGUGCAUUACCAAGAUUAUGAAAAACUUGAUCUUCAUGAUUUAAGCUAAGUUUAUCAUUGUACAAUUAAAAUGGAGAAACUGUUUAAAACUUGUUCUUAUAUUAUCUUUUGCUCUUAAGGAGAACUCAUUUAAGAUUUUUAUAUAUUUGUAAAACUACAUGCUUUCUCUGUAUGGAUAAAUUAUAUGAUACUUGUGUUGUGUUGUGUGGCUACUCUGCUACAUUCACUCAUUGUA